AUGUUUCAACCAGUACCACUUGUGUAAGCUCUUAAAUACAACACUUGUAUAAUCACUAAGCAGACAGAGGGCCCCGUUUCCUUUUAGUCCAUAUAUAGCUUGAUGUCAAUGUUUAGCGCAGACAUGCCUUACAAUCACCCAAAAUUCUAAGCCCUCCCCACUUGUCACCAUCAUCUGACUCAUCCUGAAAUUUGUUAUGGUUACCCUUCCUCUAUAUGCAUGUAUAUAUUGGUUUGGGCCACCACUUCCUCCCCAUUGCAGUCCUUUUGAUACCCCAUAGGACUCCUAGGUGUACACACACCCACACGCGGAGAGAGUGAAAGAUAGGAAGGAGAGGGGGAGAUGGCAGAGCUGCAGAGAUCUUCUCAAACAUUCAGGAGGUCUGGUUCAUCAGGUUUGGUUUGGGAUGGGAGGCUUCCCUCUACAGAUCAGAGCCAGAGGGAUCAUGGGGCAACUGGCAAGGCAGGGGAGGACAGCUUAGAGUUCAAAGAGCUGAGGCAUUCCCGUAGUGUUGAGUCCAUUGGAAUGGUGCAGCAGGGUAGGGGCAGCGAUGGCAAAGAGCGCGGCGAAUCCAACGAUGGCAACCAGGCCUUCCGUACUCGACAUGUUCCGCCUGCUCUGGAUCCGCCUUCACCCAAGGUUGCGCGCUGCAUGUUCUGCGGGAUUUUCAGGAAGGAAAAAACCUCACAGCCUUCCAAGCCCAGAAGGUACUAGGUAGUUAUAAUUUUUUCAUUAAACGUGUGUUCUUGUUUUGUAAGGGUUAGGAGGAGUUGUUUGAACGGAUCUCUGUGUUUCCCAGAGUGCUGCUGUUUCAUUUUCUUUUGGGAUCUUUUUAUGUUGGUUCUCAUACUGAGGGCCUGCAGA